GGUGGGCUAGUUCUUUUAGAAGAACAAGCAAGUAUCUUUUUCAACCAUGCCUUAAGCCAUGCAAGACAUCCUAGUUGCAUGCCUAAUGAUGUACAGUAUGGAACCCGUUAUGUGUGCUGAUACAUUUUGUAGGUGAUAAGUUACCUGCGGAGGGUUGUGCUUUGUACAGAGACUAGUAUGUCGAUACUCCGUAUGUCUUCUAUCUUUCGAUUCUGUAAAAUCGCGACCAACAAGUGUGGCAUUCAUCUGAUGUACUUUCCGCGUUAUUCGGGGGAACGACUCUCGCAUAUUGCUUAUCAGCUCUGUUCCUAGCCGUAGCAUAGAUCUGUCUAGCUCUGAGCCGGGGCGCAUCAACUGCCGGGUGAAAAGAACCUGAGCGCACACAAGGACGAACAAGCCAGAGUUACGCGGUACGGCAGACCGAGGCGACGCGUCAGUGCCGGCGAAGAGCAAAGACAACGCACAGUAGCCACGAUCGGAUAUCCGUGUGGUCGGGAUACAAUGUUCAGCUGUGGGUGCUGGUAUAAAAGGUGUCCUGCCUGGUUGUAAAAUCUGCAACAAGUUGAUAUCAACUAUUCCCAUCCGAACUACAGAACGAUAUGGUUAAGAUUGCAGUCGCUGGUGGUACCGGAAGCGUUGCCAGUGAGGUCAUCGAGGGUCUCCUCGCCAGGAACAAACAUCAGUUGGUCAUUCUGACCCGCAGUGAUAAACCGUCAAACGUAAUAACGCAUCCAGACGUGUCCUAUGUUAAAGUGGACUACGGCGAUAGAGCUUCACUGGUGAAAGCUUUGCGCGGUGUUCAUACCGUUCUCUCGUUCAUCGUAGUCCACCUGGACCCCGAGAGUGCUUCCCAGAAGAGCCUCAUCGAUGCCGCCAUCGAGGCGGGCGUGAAGAGGUUCGCUCCCAGCGAAUGGGGCUCUAACAAAGUCAAAGAGAUUCCUUUCUACGCAGAAAAGGAAACUGUCCGCGAGUACCUUCGACAGUUGAACCAAGAGAAGAAAGUCAUUGAGUACUGCUUGUUCCAGUGUGGCCUCUUUCUCAACUAUCUCGCAUUUCCCUACAAGACCGCCAAACAUUUUGAUCCUCUCCCACUUCAGUGGGAUUUCCAGAAUUGUCGGGGUAUUGUGUUAGAAGGUCGCGAGCAUCUUGACGGGUUGACGUUGACCAAGGUCCAAGAUCUUGCCAACGUAGUCGCCGAGGCUGUCGACUUCGAAGGCGAAUGGCCUACCGUCGGAGGCAUCCGUGGCAAUCAGGUCACAAUCGAGCAAAUCUUGGCACUCGGAGAGAAAAUUCGAGGCAAAAAAUUCGCACUCGAAUCGGUCAGGUUAGAGGACGUCGAAGCUGGGACAUUUGAGACCUCAUGGGUCCCCGAAUUGAACCACCCUUCUAUUCCGAAGGAGAUGGUCCCGAUCUUCUCGAAGAACACCCUCAAGGAUGGCCUCAUUGGCCUUUCAAAGGGUGUAUAUACUCUGCCGUCUGACGAAUGGAAUCAGCUACUCCUCUCGUACAAAUUCACGAGUAUUGAGGAGUUCCUCACUGAGGUCUGGGCGGGAAAGCCUUAGAGCUUGCGAUCGACCACCUCGCCUUAUGCGGUGUUGCGUUCUGAUGAAUGUGUAUCGUAGUUCGUAAAAUGAUUUACACACAGCAAUCAGUUACGACCGAGCACUGAUCCCCGCAGACAGCCGUUGUUAACCCUGUUAAUCGCAGGAUUGACCUUUGAUGUCAUACAUGCUUACGCGAAAUAUUAUUUCGUUCGCCUUGAGAUGGAUGGGUGGUAUAGACUCUGCAGGACCCUGUACAAAUGACAACGCUUCUCUGACAUUAUUCAGCUACGCCACUCAACCGACAACGCCAUUUCAAGAUGUACUUGACAUGCGGCGGAUGACUUGCAC